UGAGAGGAAAGAAAGAAGUCAGGACCAGACACAAAGAAAGAAAAGACAUUUGGUGGCGAGUUUUGUUUUCAGACUUUGCGUGGAGAUGAAGUUUCUCCUCGGAGCUCUGGCUGCUCUGCUCUGCUGCUCGUCGUCCUCAGCACACACUCUGGAUCCUGCUGGGAGGAACGUCUGCCUGGAUACGAGGGACCCCUCCAACCUAGUGUGUUGCACUGGAUGGCGUCAAAAUGGAAAAGAGUGUACUAUAGCUGUAUGUGAGGGUGAGCAGGCCUGCCUCAAGGAUGAGAUCUGUGUAUAUCCUGGAGUGUGUCGCUGCUCACCUGGCUACUACGGAGCUCAAUGUAAAACACGCUGUCCUCCUGAGUUCUGGGCUUCAGACUGUCGCCAGGUGUGUCAGUGCUACCCACACGGUCGCUGUCAUGCUGCCACAGGUGAGUGCACCUGCAACCUCAACCGCUGGGGUCCACAGUGCCAGAACACCUGCAAGUGCGCCCGCCAUGGCCACUGCCACCCCGUCCACGGAAACUGCACCUGUGACGAAGGCUGGUGGACGUUGAGCUGCGCCAAGCCGUGCCAGUGCAGCAACCUGCGCUCUGUAGGCCUCAGCUGUGACCAGCUGACGGGCCGCUGUCAGUGCCACAGGGGCCACUGGGGGCUGAAAUGUCAGGUCCCCUGCAACUGCAACCAGUCGCCGUGUAAUCAGCGGACUGGUGUGUGCGAGUGCGAGCCAGGCUCAUGGGGACCCAGCUGUGACCGCAGAUGUGAAUGUGACUCCACACACAGCAGCUGUGACCCGGCUACUGGGCAGUGUCUGUGCCACCCGGGAUACCAGGGAGUCUUCUGUAACCAGCGCUGUGAAGAUGGGACGUAUGGUAGCGGCUGUAAAAUGAGGUGUGGUUACUGUAAAGACAAGCAGCUGUGCUCUAUGACUGAUGGUGUGUGUGCCGCCUGCGAGCCCGGUUGGAACGGCACAAGAUGUGACCGACCGUGUCCAUCCGGUUAUUACGGCGACGGCUGCAAAGAGAAGUGUCCACGUUGCAGAAAUAAUGCACCUUGUGACCCAACAACUGGGAAAUGUAGGAGCUGUGACCCUGGAUGGACUGGACCCAGGUGUGAGGAGGUCUGCCCUGACAGGACGUUUGGAGACGCCUGCAGCUUCCUGUGUAGCCCCUGUUUCCACGGUAACUGCCAUCACGUGACAGGAAGAUGUGUCUGUCAGCCCGGCUUUCAGGGUGAGAGCUGUAACAGUAGCUGUCCUGCCCUGCAGUUCGGUCUCAACUGUUCCUCUCUCUGUGACUGUGGUGAGGGGGUCGGCUGCCACUCGGUCACUGGAAUCUGCCCCAACAGUGGUCGAGGUGCUGUACUUGCAGGCGUGCUCGUUCCUUUGCUCCUGUUGCUCCUUGCUGUGCUCUGCUGCUGCUUGUGCUGUGGUGGAGCUCCUGUUGAUGGCAAAGACAGGGCGGCUGUGGCUGAAGGCGGCUUGUCAGUUCGCAUGAAAUAUCACGUCUACAGCGUCCUGGCAAACAUUGGUGCUUCCCUCCCCUGUAUCUCUGACUGGUCCUCUGGUCUGCCUCGAGUCACUGUGUCUCACCAUGAUCCAGAGCUGACCUUCAAUCACAGCUUCAUCGAGCCUCCAUCCUCCGGCUGGGUGACUGAGGGGUCGUCCUUCGACAGUGAUGAGGAAGAGGGAGAAGCUCUCUACUGUGUCCCUCCAAGAGAAGACAUCCCAGCCGUGGCGGGUGGUGAGUUCCAGGAGAUGAGCUCCAAGUGUAACAUGUUCUUGGAUCCGUCAGGCUUCAGCAGCGAGGACAUCGCCUCCCCCUUCAACAUCCCUCGCACCUCCAGCAUUGCCAAGUCCAAGCGGCCAUCCGUCUCAUUUGCAGAGGGAACCCGCUUCAGUCCCAAAGAGAGGCGUGGCUCUGCUCAGGACCCCAGCGGUCUCCCACGCAGCAAACCCAAGUCACCCUGGGGGGUUCUAAUGCUGUCGGCCCUCCAAAGUCAGGGAGGCGCAGCUAGAACUGGAGAGGAGGAUGGAGCUGAGGGUGAGGAGAGGGAGGAUGAGGUGGAUGAGCAAGUGACCGACAAUCAGGAGACAAAUUGCGAGGUAACAGAACAGGAUGUGGACAGAACUCCAUCUCGGGCCACCCUGCAAGUUCCUGCUGCAUCUGGAAGAAGACGGACUAUGUCCAACACUGCUGCUAAUAAAGGGACCCAGCUGCCAACAUCUGCCUCUGAUGCUCAGGUAGGGGCCUCACAUAAAGUCACCACAGUGUACGUGACUGUGGGUAAAGCAGGUAGGCCCGUAACGAAGGCAGAGUCGAGCUCCGAAGGCCCCGUUCAGGCCAUGCUGCGAAGACUCGGCAGCCUCCAGAGACAAAGAGAGCAGGAUUCUGGCAAACCCAAAACAAAGGGAGCCGAAGGGGUCACCAAACCACCCAGGAGGAAGCUGGGAGCUCGGGCGAGUGUGUGGGAGCAGGGAGGGCCCUCUGGAGGGGAGGCUGGUGUAUCUAAGCCAAUCAGGAGGAAGCACGCCUCCCACAGCUCCACCGACACAGUUAAUAACGACACUCCACCAGCAGAGAGCGCCACUCCAAAACGCCCACUCUCGUCUAUUUUGAAGAGCGUGCCGGAGUUGGCCUCAGCUGACUCAGGGUCAGGUCUGAGGGUCGAAGGAAACGAGAGGCAGAGCAGCGACCCGAGUGCAGGACAAACUGAGAGCGACUACCUGACUGUGGGACCAGCAGGAGACACCGUGAGCCUCACUGAGGUCAUCGCCAACAAGGGAGCGGUGGUCAGUGUGAUCGAUGAACCCUGCUAUGAAAAUGUCCUUAUUAAACACUCAUAACCUCAGAGAAACCGUAUCAGCAGGUCUAGUAGAAAUGAAUACUUAGUAUUCUGUUGGAACUUUACAGACACAAAGGACAUGACGAAUAAGUAAAUUACAGCUCUUUGAAUUGUGGUGUUUUUGUUGCACAGUUCAGUUCAAGUGCAGCUCACAUGAUUACAUCAUUGCAGGAUUUGGAAAAAAAAAACAUAUUGUUUUUGUCUAAAUUCUACACUAUAAAGACAAAACUAUAAUUUAUAUUAGAUUUUCAGCUUAAAAUAUACAUGGGUCAGGAAGAGACCAGAUUGCAGGUGUGGUAUUUGGGUAAUUCCUAAUAAGAAAACCUCUUGUUGCUUUGCUUUCAUUUACUUCAGUGACUGAUGUUUUUAAGUGUAAACAUACAAGUACUGUAAAACGCUACUGAGUCAGAAAUGAUAAACACAUAUAAAGACUAGAGGGAGACAAAUGACAAAAACAUCCGUACAGCUGGAAGGAAAGUGUCUGACCAGAAUGUGUGUAACUGUGGAAUUUAUGUAUGAGAAAAACAUCUGAGCCUGCUUCUGUACUGAUGGAUAUUUUAUUAGUCAUGAAUGAAACACAAGAACAAACUGUAACAGACUGUGAACUCAACAGGGUUGUUCUGUCUCUGUGUAUUAUUGAUUUAUUCUGUUGUAUUAGUCAGUAGAAGUAAAAAAAAAAAAAAAGGUGGAAAAAAGGUUUCACAUCUGUCAAAGUGUCUUCGAGCAUGCAAGCUGCUGUCACAGCACUCUGACCUCUGAUGUGACAGUAACAUAAUGUUGGGUAAAAAAAAAACAUUACUACCGUUUGUAAGUAUUCUUGACCUUGCAGCACAUUUUUGGAAGAAACCUCCAUAAACCCGUGUUAUCUUUUGUUAUUCACUGUAUAUAUGUCUAUGAUGAAAAAUGAGAAAAUAAACAUGUUACAUUUUGUA